CCCAACCAAUACCAAGAAGCUUACUUUUGUACUCCUUGGUUGUUUCAGACUCCUUCAUUCGCUGCAUCUCAAACUCACGAAUCAGAUUCAGCACUUCCAUUCCUUUAACCUUUUCAUCUCCUUCAUAUUCAGCCUUGAGGAAAUUCCUGAUAUCAAAGGCUCACUUUUGGCUCAUGAUUCUUGUAAAGAUCUUUUGUGAAACAGCAGCAAACAAGAAGGUUUCUGGAAAUGUUGGUAAGGCCAGACAGAUUCUUGUUCAAGGUGUAGAGAGUGCGCAAUUGUCACUGGCACUUUCAGAGAGAAAUAAGUUUCUGAGCGAUUAUCAUUUCAAUCUUACAUUGUGCAAAUGUGUACUUCUUGGGGUGAGUUGCGGAGGAAACAUUGUUGAUUACAUGGAGAGAAAGGUUGCGGAUGCUGGUAAUUGUAUAUAUCCAGUAAAACUGGUUGCACCUGUCCUUGAGUACAAGGAUGCAGUCCACGAAUUUGCCACACUGGACAUACUUUUAAGGACACCUCAGGCCCAUGCAUGCGGAGAAGACAUUGCCAUACUUUCAAACAUUUGGUUCAGUGGGAAAUCCGCAUUUUCGAUGAUGUCUAUGUAUCAGGCCUCCAAAGAUGAUCUCACAGUUCACUGUGCCUUAUCAAAGCCUCCACCAUCUAGCUACAUAAAUGUUACAUUGUACAACCACAUAGAAGCUUUAAUGAGGAUCUUCAGAGUUUCUGGUGAAGGAAGUGGAGUAACUAUUGCGGGAUCAGCUCCAGUCACUGAAGUUGUUCCAACUCCCCCAGCGGCAGACAAUAUGAAUACAGUUUACUAUUGUUGGUCCCAACCCGUUUAACUUCAACGAACACAAAAAAUAGCACCAAAUUGUUUCCAGAUAAAUUCGACUACACACAGAUAGUUCGGAGAUAGAUCAAACAACAUUUGCACUC